AUGGUACAGCGGCUAACUUUCAGACGACGUUUGUCGUACAAUACCAAAUCAAACCAGAGGAGAAUAGUCAGGACUCCUGGUGGACGCCUGGUAUACCAGUACGUUAAGAAACCCAAGAAGAUCCCGAGAUGUGGCCAGUGCAAGAGCAAACUACGUGGUAUUCAGCCUGCAAGGCCCGCUGAGCGUUCCCGCCUUUGCUACCGCAAGAAGACCGUCAAGCGCGUUUACGGAGGUGUUCUUUGCCACAAGUGCGUCAAGCAGCGCAUCGUCAGAGCUUUCCUCAUUGAGGAACAGAAGAUCGUCAAGGUCCUCAAAGCGCAACAGGCGACUGUAAAGAGUGGCAAGAAAGCAGCGAAGUAA